CCAAAUUUCACAUUCGCUAAUCAAUCUGGACUCGACAUGCUCGAGACGACCUUGGUGGCUCUCCAAGACAUUACUUUGGAGAAGAUUUUUGAUGAUAAUGGAAAGAAAACUUUAGCCUCAGAGUUCCCACGGAUAAUGCAGCAGGGCUUCAUUUGUCUUCAAGGGGGUAUCUGCUUGUCAAGCAUGGGAAGGGCAAUAUCCUACGACAAAGCUGUGGCAUGGAAGGUUUUGAAUGAAGAAGAAAACGCUCACUGUAUUUGCUUCAUGUUUAUGAACUGGUCUUUUGUUUGAAACGCUUAGUCAGAACGUAGGAACAUGACCAUUAGAAUAGAUCAAAUUUUCCUGUAAGUUAGGUUUCAGAAACAGCCAAAAUAACCAAGAACUAAAUGAGCGAAGCAUAUUGCCCCUAAUGGCUCUUUCCUUAUCCUUUGUGGAAUCAGUUAUGUUCUUUUAUAUAACUAACAUUAA